UCUCACGCGAGUGCGCGCACCAUGGAUUUUGCGGGCGCGAGUGCAGAUCGGUGCAGAUAGACGAGAGACGACGGUAAAUGAGAGUUCGCAGGAACGUCAGGUCGACCCGAGAGCCUAAGUAAAUCAAUUCGUCCAGCGUACGCAGGUGCUGACACGCGGACGCAUAGUAUCGAGGACAGCCAGAGGUCCACGUAGAGAUGUCACCGUGUGACACGUCGAGUCGCACACUCGCCAGGGUACGGGACGUGUGCGGCGCGCCGCGAUGUUUAUAAUACCGCGGGUACGAUGAUCCGCGUCGGCAUCGCACGUGGAGAGCGCCGCCGCGACACGAGCCGCCGAAUUCUGUGUUCAGUUUCCCCGCUGCUGCUGUGACGCGCGGCGGAUGCCGCAGAUGCCGAUGAUCAUGGCGCAGAAGGACAGCGAGAGGUAUCCGCUCCACAAGUGUAUAUUUCAAGGCGACGUGAAGACGCUGAGCUCCUUGAUCCUCAAACGGAAGCACGACAUCACCGAGAAGGAUAAACAAGGAAACACGCCCUUGCAUUUAGCUGUGAUGUUAGGAAGAAAAGAAUGUGUUCAAUUAUUGCUCGCACACGGUGCACCUGUAAAAGUGAAGAACCUAGCUGGCUGGAGUCCACUGGCGGAAGCGAUCAGUUACGGAGACAGGCAAACCAUAUCAUCUUUAGUGCGCAAACUGAAGCAACAGGCGAGGGAACAGAUGGAGGAGAGGCGGCCGAAUUUAGUCGCCGCGUUACACCAAAUGGGAGAUUUUUAUAUGGAAUUAAAAUGGGAUUUCCAAAGCUGGGUGCCGUUAGUUUCGAGGGUGUUGCCAUCGGAUAUAUGUAAAAUUCAUAAAAGUGGGGCUUCGAUCAGGAUGGACACGACCCUUGUAGACUUUAACGACAUGAGAUGGGAGCGGGGCGAUAUAUCGUUCAUCUUCAAUGGUGACCAGAAGCCUAGCCACUCGUUGACUGUCCUCGACAAUAAAGCUAAACUUUUCCAAAGAGUGAGAUACGAGGAGACAGAACUCGAGAUCGAAGAUGAAGUCGAUAUUCUUAUGUCCAGUGAUAUCAUGGUGGCGCAAAUGUCUACAAAAGGCAUCACGUUUUCCAGAGCGCAGACAGGAUGGAUUUUUAGAGAAGACAAAAGGGAAAUGGUGGGCGCCUUCAACGCUGAUUUUUACCAAAUCAACGGCAUGGUACUGGAAAGUAGAAAACGCCGCGAACACUUAAGCGAGGAGGACCUCCAGAAAAACAAAGCCAUCAUGGAGUCCCUCACGAAAGGCAGCUCACAGGGAUUCAAAAACGGCGAGCCUCCCACGAGAAGAGCGUCGUUGAACCCACCACCAGAAUCGAACAUAACUUGGGACGAUUACAUUGUUGCGCCGCCCGGCAGUUGCCCGCUCUUAGGCAGAAGCCUCGUCUACAAGGAGAGCAGUAAAUCGUUCAAAGCCACCGUGGCGAUGAGCCCGGACUUCCCCCUCACCGUCGACAUGCUACUCAACGUUCUGGAAGUGAUCACGCCGUUCAAGCACCUGAGCAAGCUGCGACAGUUCGUCCUCAUGAAAUUGCCGCCCGGGUUUCCGGUCAAGAUCGACAUACCGAUCCUGCCUACGGUCACCGCUAAAAUAACUUUCCAAGAAUUCGCCUUCCGUGACGACAUAGAUCCAGAAUUGUUUCAAGUGCCAUCGAACUACUUCGAAGAUCCAAUGAGUGGAUAUGGUGCGUAUAUCACUAUGAUGAUGGUUCUUCAUACUGCGUCGUGUAUAUUGACUCUCAGCGUGGUGAUUGCACUAUGUCAUGGUGCGGCCCAAGCUCCAGACUCGAAGCUAUUUACAAAAUUGACGCCGGUGAGCGAUGCACAGCAUGUGUACACAGAUAAUGCAAACAAUCGAGGAGAUUUAACUACAUCUGCAAGUGACCGAACAUUUCAUCUAAACAAAGAUUAUGGGUCAAUUGGAUAUCCCGGAGGAUAUCCUGGAGGAUAUUCCGGUUAUCCUGGAUAUUCAUAUGGCGCUAACCCAGGAAUCGGUGGAUCUUAUUAUCCUGGUGGGUAUCGCAAUAGCCUAAUUCCGGGCGGUUAUAGAGGAUUUCAAGUAGCUGGACCAGGAGGAAUUGUUGGUGGCGGCUAUCUUGGAUAUGGGUAUUAUCCAGGUUAUUCUGGAUAUGGUGGAUAUGGUGGGUAUGGUGGAUAUGGCGGAUAUGGUGGGUAUGGCGGAUAUGGUGGAUAUGGCGGCUAUGGAAGGGGAUAUGGUCCUGGUUACGGCGGUUAUGGCAGGGGUUAUGAUGAUGGUUCUUUAUAUGGUGGUUACGGUGGGGUGGGUGGAUACGAUUCUUAUGGUUACGGAAGUGGAUAUGGCUCAACAUAUGCAGCUAGAAGCCCCUAUGCUCCAUACAGCUAUCGUAGUGAUAGUUAUGGCACUUCCCUUAGUAAUCCGACUGGUUAUCGUGGUUAUUCUUAAACAUGAUUUUGUAGACGUUUUUUUACGUAAUUACUUGGCAAUAUUACACAAUUAGAAAUAUCUUUAGAAACUAAUACGUCUGAUACGUUCUUUACUCAGCAUGAUCAAAUUAAUGAUACUUUUAAGACUUAUUAACAUGUAAAAUUUGGUAACAUGUAAAAAUUACUACAUUGCGAUGUGAUAUGAAGGCGAUUUUGUAGUUUUACUCUGUAAGUCGUAAAAUUAUGCAAAUGUACGUUGUAUAUUGAAUUAAAAAACUAAUGUUAAAUAU